AAACCCCUCAUCCCCCACCCUUUUUUCCAAUCCCAAACCCUUCUCUCCACUCCAAUUUUGCUCCCUCCAAGCACACCAUGGCAAGCCCCCAUUACCUCCUCACACUCUCACUCCUCCUCCUCCUCUCAUGCCACACCCUCCAGGCCCAACACGACACCUCCUUCGGUCGUUCCAUGGACCGCAAGCUAUUGGGCCUAGACAAGAAAGAAAAGCUGAGCCACUUCAAGUUCUACUGGCACGACAUACAAAGCGGAAAGAGUCCCACAUCGGUGUCGGUUGUUCCCCCACCCUUGAAGGUUAACACCACCACGGCCUUUGGCCUGGUCAACAUGAUCGACAACCCGUUGACCCUGGGACCCCAACUCAGUUCCAAGCUCGUGGGGAAGGCUCAGGGGUUCUACGCCUCGGCCUCGCUGAGCGAGGUGGGCCUUCUCAUGGCUAUGAACUUUGCUUUUGUUGAAGGGAAAUACAAUGGCAGCACCAUCACCAUCUUGGGGAGGAACUGUGUCUUCAACAAGGUUAGGGAGAUGCCUGUCAUUGGAGGGAGUGGACUCUUCAGGUUUGCUAGAGGCUAUGCAGAGGCUAGGACUCAUUCCUUUGAUCUCAAAACUGGGGAUGCCAAUGUUGAAUACAAUGUCUAUGUUUUGCAUUAUUGAUCAUCAUCAUUUCUCUUGUAUAAUAAUAUAGGAGACCAAUCAUAUCAUCAUUAUAAUUUAAGAUUUUAUUCUUGUCACUGCUAGUUUUAGUUCACUCAAUCAAAGACUGAUCUUGUUACUUGUUACCAGUACUGUUACUGAUCCAAAGGGUUCUCGCACACGCCAUGUAUACUUUGUUUCUUUACUUGUUUAUGUUCUUUGCUUUUGAUGCUUAGCUUUGCUUUUUUAAAGAGGUGGGGUUAUUGCUUAUGAACCCAUCUUUUGUUCAGUCUGUUUAAAUUUGAUUAUGUAUUUGUGGUUGGUGUGAUGAUUACAAUAAUAAUUUAUGCAGCUUUCUUUACUGGCUGCAUUUGGAAA